AUGAAGAUCUUCGUUGCAACCCUCUUUUUUGUCGUCGCCUUGGCGGAAUUUGCCGUCGGGUCCGAUUUCAAGCAGUUCGGCAACACCAUCGAACCACGCGUUCCUGCUGAUCUGAACCAUGACAGCAGUACGACUCCUUUCGAGUUUGGAAAGAUUGUCAAGCUGUCGGGCAAUGGCAAUAUCAUGGCCGUCGGAGCCCCAAACGACAGCGGCGGCGCCGUCUUUCUCUAUCGUCGUUCGUCGCCUUCCAACGCAAUCGAGCUUUCAGCUCAGUCUUCGUGGCAGUUGCAAUAUGAACGUGCUGGAAAGGUUGGUCAAGAGUUUGGCGCCAGCAUCGCACUAUCAGGGGACGGAAACUAUCUGUCGAUGCGGUACAAAGGGGAGACCGCUGGAACCAAUGUGAUCGAGACGUUCAGCUACUUAGACAAUCGAAUCAUCGGAGAGAAGAUUACGACCUGCGAUGGUGUUAGUUUAAACUCAGGGGCAACGCCUGAGACAUCUUCGUUUGGGGAGGCUCAUUGGCUUUUGGUCGGCUGCGAGAAUUUUGAUGCUCGACGAGGCAAAGCCCAGCUCUGGAAACUAGACGAGGGGUCGCAAACUUGGGAGCUCUUCACUGAGCUCACGGGCGCCCACGAAAGUGCUCGAUUUGGAUUCUCCGCGGGAUUCUCUGUAGAUGGACAGCCAGAUGAAAUGCUAGUGGCAGUGUCUUCUCCCGAUUGGGGUGAGAACCGAGGAUUGGCGCAAGUCUUCAGCAUCAGCGCAGAUGGCUCGAGGCACCGUCUCGGAAAGACGCUCGUUGGCCGGGUAGCAGGCGAUCAAUUCGGGUUUGCCAUUGACUUUGCCUUGAACAAGCGCUACUUGGUUGUUGGUGCUCCAUCCUGCUCCGAAGAAAACAGAGGCUGUGUCUACGUUUUUGGUUAUACUGGAGAAAGUCCGAGUGAAGCUCUGGAAUGGCAUCAGGUAGAUGAAACAGAGUUUGGUGAGAAUCCUGGGGAUCGCCUGGGGAGAACUGUUGCGAUCUCGAACGAUGGUGGUAGAAUCGCGGUUGGAGCUGUACGCUACAAUCGAUUUUCUGGCUUGGUCAAGCUAUUUGAACGAGAUGGGCUGCGAAGUCUUAUUCCAGUUGGCCGCUUCGAAGGUGAAGUCGCGGUAGAUCAGUUUGGGAACUCCGUUUCGAUGAAUAGUGCUGGUUCAAUGAUAGUUUCAGGGUCCCAUCGAAGCAAGAACGGCGGUCAAAAUCGAAUGGGACAGGUUCGAGCCUUCAUCGAUACCAGCGGCUUCUGUGCACGUCCCGUGUCGUUGAACGUCAAUGCCAUCUUCCUUUCUCGGCCCAUGUGUCGGGAUGGAGCAGAUCGCAUCGUGGACACUGUACAGGGUUGUACUUCAAUCCUUGAUCGGGCAACUGGAAAGUCGAUUUCCCAGUGCGGGCCGAGUGAAGCGCCUUCAGGUAGCCCAUCCUUGGCACCUUCAGUGAGCCCAUCCCUGGAACCUUCAGCGAGCCCAUCCCUGACACCUUCAGAUAGCCCAUCCUUGCAUCCAAGUGACGGACCCAGCGAAUCAAACAGCGCUUUCCCUCCCUUGGUGCCACCCACCAGUCCGUCCGAGUCACCAAACGCUGCGAGCAGCGGCACUCCAACUCCACGAGAAGCCCCAAGUGCUCAGACUGGCUCAGUUCGUGGUUCCACACCAACGCAACAAGGGAAAACAGAAGAAUCAAAGCAAGAGGCUGGCAACUUUCCUGGUGGCGGCAUAAACGACGCACCAGAGGACACACCAAAUCAUAACAAUCGCGAAGUCCGAAACCUUGGUGAUUCAGUGGCGCUUGCUUUUUCUAGUGUUGCUACCAAUAUAGCAGCAUUAUGUGCAUGUCUUUGCCUGAAGAAAUGCUGCACAAACUUCCAUUACGAUGUGGAACCUCAGCAUGACUGA